AUGCAGGAGAACUAUGAGAAUGUGACAUUGCUGGGGUUUCCAGUUUCCAAACCCGAUGUGGUCUCCCAGCUGGAACAAGGGGAGGAGCCAUGGGUCCUGGAUCUCCAGGGCUCUGUGGAAAGAGGGAUCCUGAGAGGUGUCUGCAUAGGUACUGGGAUGGUGAAUGAGAAUGAGGAGCAGAAUCCUCAGCAGGAAGAUGCUGAGCAAGUGGAACCACAUGGGGGAUUAUCACAAAGAUCCAAAGGGAAUGUGUCCAGGCAUCGUGUGCAGGGAAAAGCCUGUGAGAGGGAGCACAGGCCAGAGAGAGAGCAGAGAAACCAGCCCAGAGAGAAAGAGGGUAAAUCCAUUUAUUGUCAAGGAACUCACAAGGACCUCAAGCAAAUCACAGCCCAGCAGAUAAAACCUACAGGAGAGAGAAAAAACACAUGCACUGAGUGUGGGAAAACCUUCACUCUGAACUCCACCCUCAUUAGACAUCAGAUGAUCCACAUGGGAAAGAACCUCUACAAAUGCUGUGAGUGUGGGAAACAGUUCAGUGAGAAAUCAAACCUUAUUAAACAUCAGACAAGUCAUACAAGAGAAAGAUCCUAUCAGUGUUAUGAGUGCAGGAAAAGCUUCACUCAGUGCUCAUCCCUUAUUAGACAUCAGAGGAUCCAUAUGGGAGAGAGACCAUACGAAUGCUGUGAGUGCGGGAAAAGCUUCACUGUCAAAUCAGAUCUUAAUAAACAUCAGAGAAUCCACACAGGAGAGCGACCUUAUGAAUGCUGUGAGUGCGGGAAAACGUUCACUUGGAGCUCAGCGCUUAUUAAUCAUCAGAGGAUCCACACAGGAGAGCGACCUUAUGAAUGCUGUGAGUGCGGGAAAACGUUCCUUCAGAGCUCAGGCCUUCUUAAUCAUCAGAGGAUCCACACAGAAGAGCGCCAGUAUGAAUGCUGUGAGUGCGGGAAACAGUUCAGUAAGAUUUCAAAACUUAUUAAACAUCAGACAAGCCAUACAAGAGUGACACCCUAUGAAUGCUGUGAGUGCAGGAAAAGCUUCACUAAGCGCUCAACCCUUAUUAGACAUCAGAGGAUCCAUAUGGGGGAGAGACCAUACGAAUGCUGUGAGUGUGGAAAAAGCUUCACUGCCAGAUCAGAUCUUAAUAAACAUCAGAGGAUCCACACAGGAGAGCGCCCCUAUGAAUGCUGUGAGUGCGGGAAACGGUUCACUUGGAGCUCAGCGCUUAUUAAUCAUCAGAGAAUCCAUACAGGAGAGCGACCUUAUAAAUGCUGUGAGUGUGGGAAAACGUUCCUUCAGAGCUCAGGCCUUAUUAAUCAUCAGAGGACCCACACAGGAGAGCACCUGUAUGAAUGCUGUGAGUGCGGGAAACAGUUCGGUAAGAAAUCGAAACUUAUUAAACAUCAGACAAGCCACACAAGAAUGACACCCUAUGAAUGCUGUGAAUGCAGGAAAAGCUUCACUCGGAGCUCAUCCCUUAUUAGGCAUCAGAGGAUCCACACAGGAGAGAGACCAUAUGAAUGCUGUGAGUGUGGGAAACGCUUCACUGUCAAAUCAGACCUUAGUAAACAUCAAAGGAUCCACACGGGAGAGCGCCCCUAUGAAUGCUGUGAGUGCGGGAAACGGUUCACUUGGAGCUCAGUGCUUAUUAAUCAUCAGAAAAUCCACACAGGAGAGCGACCCUAUGAAUGCUGUGAGUGCGGGAAAAGUUUCAUCCGAAGCUCACACCUUAAUAGACAUCAGAGUCUUCACAAGGGAGAUACACAGCAUAAAAACUUUGUGUCACUCUUCUCAGGGGUGAAUCCCGUGGUCCUUUCUACUAAUUCUUUUCUCCUGUGAGUCAUGGGAGUGUGUCCCUCCUGCCAGGAAUGUCCAUCAGCCCUUGCUGGGGGAAAUAGGGGUGACCUCAAGUAGCUACACUGAGCAAAAAUCGACCUUGGCUUUGUCUCCUCUAGGAUUUUCCAUGGAGUUGGCCUGCUCGAGGUAGCUAUCCACAUGUAAACACACAGAUAGCUUUGCAGUGUUGACAUAGCCCAGGUACAAUGGUUGGGGUUAGCUAGCACCUUCCCCUUUGACCUGUCCUAAUCGACACCAAUAUUCAUAGUCUAAACAAGCCCUGAGGCUCACAUUCAAACUGUCACCCUACCAGCAGAGCAACUGUUAGUCACCAAGUUCCCCCUUUGGCAACAGAUUGUCUCAUUCCCAGUUGUUCUCACGCUGGUCCAGGUUGUGCUGGACAGCAGGUUGUUGGUUUUUUCACUAUUUUUCAUAUUUAAAAUAUAUUUAAAUAUAACAAAGAGGAGGCGCAGCAGUGGGACAAAUGUAUCGUUUCGGCCUUUGUGACAAAGGAAAUGGGCUGAGUCAGAUGGAUUCCCUCCUUCUCCAUGACCAUCACUAUGCCUGUUCCCUCCAGCAGCGCUGGUGUCUGUGUGAGCCACAAUGGAGUUUAUCCUCCCUUUAUUCUACCCCCCACCUCCCAAAGAGUCUCUGCAAUUUGAUCCUAAAUCCAACUCAUUAGGGCUAGAGAUGCAAGUGUCACAGACCUGGAUGGGGAAUUCCAGUGGAUCCGAAACACAGUGUGAUCAUUCUGUGCUUUUAUCCUUGUUUCCAUCUAUUGGCAAAGCCACUUCUGGACAUUUUCCUGCUGAUCUGGGAUUGUCAGCAGAUGAGAAGGGUGGCAGUUUUCCUCCAUUACGAUGUUGCUAAUUAUUUUUGUAAAUAACACGACUCCAUAAUAAUGAAGUGCUGUUGAAUGAAGCAGGUUUGAAUGGAUCAGAGGAGAAAAUGAUGGGGGAAUCUGCUCUCCUGAUUAUUUUUGAGUAAUCAGAGGUAAUCCGCUCUGGAAUUUCAUUUUGUAUGAAAGAGAAAGUGACUUAUACUGCUCUGUGUUGCGGAUUUUUCUCUCUCUUCUGAAGGCCAUUUCGUCACAUUAUUGAAUAUUAGUUCUCUGGGAUGUAGCUCGGAUUUAUCAAGGACUUUGGGACAAAUGACUGUUUGCUAAAAGAGUCCUUCCUUAUUUUAGUUGUGUCUUUCCCCCACUGCUGCAUGAUGACAUGAAAAAAACUCAAGUGCAGUUCACAUCAGGAGAGGAUGCUCCAAACCGUUGGGCAUGCUGCCAAGGCAACAGUAGUGGGUUUAGGGCUCCACUCUGAAAUGGUGAACAACAGCACACCCCAAAUUGUGCAACUAACUGAAGUAACUGGGUGCAUGUGUCCUAUGAUUUGGGAAACGCUGUCCCUGUCUGUGUUGAUUUGGAAAAAAUAGAAGUUCAUUUCUGGUGAACUUGCCCAUGAGAGAGGCUGCAAAUGUGCACUACAAUGAAUUCCGUGUUGAAUGUGAUAUAGCUGCAGAAUAUCUAUUUUUAAUAUACUCUGCUCCUUUGGUGACUUACAGGGAUUCUGAUGCAGGAGUGUUUCUAGUCCCUAACUUAGACCUGUGCCACCAGUUCAGAUAAACAAAUUGGGUGUGUUUGGGGAAGCCAUUCCUCACUAACACUGCUCACAUUUUGGGUGGUUUUGUAAAGGAUUCAAUUCCAGAGAAGUGUAAAUGUACCCUGACCAUGGCCAAGGAUUUGGCAAGAACUCAGUUUGAUAUAGAAGGCACCCAGUAGUUGAUUUUUGCCCCAAAGAAGGAAGCUGUGGUGAACUACAGUCCAGGUAAAACUGUUUGUUUUUUAACACUGCUCCCCAGUUCAGUGUCUCAGAUUACACUCCCAAAGGAUGUCAUGGCUCAAUUGGAAGGUCCUUCACUAUUUGGAUCCAAAGUUCCAUGAGGCAAAGUGAGAAAUAGUUGAUGCCUUCAGAGGACAUUCCGUCGCCAGCCUGAUUGGGCAACAAGGCGUUUCAUGCUGUUGAAAUGGUGGUAACUGAUGAGGGAAUGCAUAUGUCAGGUUCCAAUUUCAGACUGCUGGAUAUACAGACGUUGAGUCCUGAUUUUAGGCUUUUGUCUCGUAGUUUUGCUCUUGUGUCUUAUGCAGUUGUGCCACUUUGCCUCAACUUUCUGCUUCUUUGAAAGAGUGGAAGGUGUGAAUAUAGAGUUGAGGUCCUUUUUCUCAUGAUGCAAACCUUCCCACAUAGCAUGAGACCCCUUCCACUAACACUUAUGUCCAAAGCCCCAGAGAUAAAUGAACUCACAGAUGUGGAAAGCUCCUAUGCUGGUGUAGAUCACAUUUACAGAGUGCUCACUUGGUGGAAAUGGGGAUUAAAAGGAAACUAACAUGUAUGAUAAAAUUUUAUAAUCUUUGAAUAUGUUCUUGUAACCAGUGAAAAUGAAAUUACCAAUGAAGUUAAUUUCAGGUUAAAGCCUAACUUAGUGAUAACCUGAAUUAUAUUGGAACACUGUGACUUGCAUCGGUUUGCUUUUUGCAAGUAAUAUACGAAGUGGUGGCUAACCCUAAAAAGUUUAUUUGAUGUAAAAUACCCCUGUGGACUAAGGCAUUCUGCAGUACAUCAUCACUCCAAGGUUGAGGUGGUGGAAUGUGUGAGAAAACUAGUUUCAGAGUAGCAGCCGUAUUAGUCUGUAUCCGCA